GGAGAAGGAGGAGGAGAAGGAGGUGGGCGCUGCUGCUGCUGCUCCUGCUCCUGCUGCCGCCGCCGCUGGUGCGACGACGUAAGAUCCACCUCAGCUCAACUCCCCUCGCAUCCCAGCCAGCACUUCCUCACUUCCUCGAGUGGCUGCCCGCCGCACACCGAUUGCUGCUGCCUCUGCCGCCGCCGCCGCCUCCUCCUCCUCCGCCGGGGGGCUUGAUCGAGCCGCAGCUCGGCUUCCCCCGCUCCGGGACUGCGGGCGGGGGGGCUCCCCGGACCCGCCACUCGCCGGGAGGGGCUGGAUGGUUACCCCGGGCAGGCUGGUUCCAGGAUGUUAGGAACCGUGAAGAUGGAAGGGCACGAGACGAGCGAUUGGAACAGCUACUACGCCGACACGCAGGAGGCCUACUCGACGGUGCCCGUGGGCAACAUGAACUCUGGCCUGGGCUCCAUGAACUCCAUGAACACCUACAUGAGCAUGAACGCCAUGACCACCAGCGGCAACAUGACGUCGGGCUCCUUCAACGUGUCCUAUGCCAACCCCAGCCUAGGCGCUGGCCUGAGCCCCGGGGCGUCGGGGGGCGCCAUGAACAGCAUGUCGGCCAUGGGCUCGGCGCUCAGCCCCGGCGGCAUGAACGCGAUGGGCAGCCCGCAGGCCUCUCUGAACGGGCUGGGCGCCUACGGGGCCAUGGGCCCUCCGUGCAUGAGCCCCAUGGGUUACGCCGCGCCGUCGCUGAGCCGCGGCGGGCGCGACGCCAAGAGCUUCAAGCGCAGCUACCCGCACGCCAAGCCGCCCUACUCGUACAUCUCGCUCAUCACCAUGGCCAUCCAGCAGGCGCCCAGCAAGAUGCUCACGCUGAGCGAGAUCUACCAGUGGAUCAUGGACCUGUUCCCCUACUACCGCCAGAACCAGCAGCGCUGGCAGAACUCCAUCCGCCACUCGCUCUCCUUCAACGACUGCUUUGUCAAGGUGGCGCGCUCGCCCGACAAGCCCGGCAAGGGCUCCUACUGGACGCUGCACCCGGACUCGGGCAACAUGUUCGAGAACGGCUGCUACCUGCGCCGCCAGAAGCGCUUCAAGUGCGACAAGCAGCCCGGAGGAGGCAAAGCGGGACAAGGUGCUGUCGGGGGAGGAGGUGGUGGUGGCAACGGCAGCGAAGGCAGGAAAGACCCCGGAGGAGGAGGAGGAGGUUCGCCUUUGCACCGAGGCGCCAAAGGAGGCCAGCUAGAGUCCGCCCCUUCGAAUCCCGGCUCGGGCAGCCCGCAAGGCCUGGACCACAGCGGGAGCGGAGCGGAGCUGAAGCCGUCGGUGGCCUCUUCCGCCGCAGCGGCGGCGGCUGCUGCUGCUGCUGCCGCCGCGGCCGCGGCAGCGGCCUCCGUGCCCCCCGGGCCCAGCCUGGCCUCGCUGGGUCACCCGGGCCACUCUCUGGGUCACCACGAGUCUCAGCUGCACCUCAAGGGCGACCCGCACUAUUCCUUCAACCACCCCUUCUCCAUCAACAACCUCAUGUCCUCCUCGGAACAGCAGCACAAGCUGGACUUCAAGGCUUACGAGCAAGCGCUGCAAUAUUCCUCCUACGGGGCCGGGCUGCCGGGAGGGCUGCCUCUGGGCAGCGCAUCCAUGGGCGGCCGGGGAGGCAUUGAGCCCUCGGCCUUGGAGCCGUCCUACUACCAAGGUGUGUAUUCCAGACCCGUCCUAAAUACGUCUUAGCUGGCAGGGACUCGAGGGCGCACCAAGCACCAAUCUUCCUCCCCAGCAGGGCUGGUUGGUUUGGCCUCUCCCACCCUCCUCCUUCUCCUAGAUCUCUCAGCCGAAACUGACGGUCCGUUUCCCCCAACACCAUCCCUGCGAGGCGGGGGAAGCAAAAGGAGAAGGGGGCGGAGAGCAGAAGAAAGGACUGUUACUUUAUUAUUAUUAUUAUUAUUGUUAUUGUUAUUAUUAUUGUAUCCCCCCCAAUGCAUAGUGUUUAUUCUAUUUUGGCCUGGAAAGUCCAGCAAAUCGCAUCCAACUCCGCAAACAGACACUGUAUAUACCGCCCACCUUCCCUCGCCAUGACCACGAAAGAAAGAUUGAUUUCCAACCUGUAAAUUAUUAUUAUUAUUAUUGGUGGAUUUGCCCCCCCCCGCCCCACUUUAACCUUUUUCGGUGUAAUCUCAUCAGAUUUAGUACCUUAACCAAUAAAAGCAGACCUACGAAGAUGCCUUAUUCUAGUGAGUCAGAUCUCUGGCUGGCUUGCUCCUGCAAGGUCUCAAGACUGAGCUGUUCCAAGUCCCGCCCGCCCCAUCCAGCCCAGCCUUUAGAUAAAUAAAUAAAAAAUAAAAGGCAGAAUGAGGUGGAACCGGGGGCCUUCUCUGCGUAUACAGGCCUCUCCAGUUAAAGUAGUCCCAAAUGGAGAGGUUUAAGUUAAAUUUAAAUUAGGAAGUCCUCCAGGGACAGGCGAUACAGUGCCGAAUAUAUAAAUAUAUAAAUA